AUGAUGAAAUUAUUAUGUAGUUAGUGAAUUUGUGUGAAUUGUUUAUUUUGUUACAAUAUUUCUGGAAAAUAACCAUGUCUUCUAGCAAAAACUUAUAGUUUUUGCAUUAAAAUGGUAUUCUUCUGCUUCAAACGAAAGAUUUGCAAUCAGCACUUGGGUCACAGAACCAAUACAAAAUGGAAAGUAAAAAGGAUAAAUGGGAGGCUCUCGCUACUGUGAAAGCCUUUGAUUUAGUAUUUUCUACCAUGGAACAUGGUCUAAAUCAAAACAGCCAUGAACAUGAUUACAUACUGCAUCAGAGUAUGCAACAAGUAGAAAUAGUACAAUCUGCUGCCACCACACCUAUCAGUCUCCUCAUCCAGUCCCUUGUCAAACAGCUGUGCGCACUCCUCGAGAAAGACAUGACCAGAGCGAACCAACUGUACAACACUAUAUGUGAGAAACUACAUAGCAUGCAUCUUAUAGAUGACUCAUAUGCUAUGGGAGAAUUUGAGGCUAUGAGGAGCCAGUACCAACGGGCUCUCUACCAACUAGUUACUGUCACAACUGGAUCCGAAAUACCAAUAACUAUACCAGCAUCAUGGCCCAUCCAUCAACCAUCCUGCCUGGAAUGGUCCCGCUAUCACAGAGAAUUUGAUGAGCUAUACUACAUUGCUGGUGGAGGAUUUGGUAGUGUUUUCAAAGCUAAACACAGAUUGGAUGGAGUUGAAUAUGCUGUAAAGAAAGUGUUCAUCAAGUCCUCUGAUGUUGACUCAAUAAUGACUCAUUUGGCCGAGGUUAAGACUCUGGCCAGUUUGAACCAUCCUAACAUAGUGAACUACAAAGCGGCAUGGCUUGAACCAAUGAUAGAAUCUACUGUGACUAAGAAAAAACGUAAAUACCAGAUGGACAUGGACAGUGAUGAGUUCUCAGCACUCAACUCUAGUUUGCUAUCAACAAAUCUUAAUUUAGUAAAGUCCUUUAAGACUCAUAAUUCUAAAGAACUUACAAAACAGCACAGUCAGUCUGAUUUCAUAAUUUCCUUUAAAAACUCAAGCAGUCAAGAAGUAUCUGAUAACUCUAUAGAAGACUUUGAUGAAACUGAGAGUGGUGAAGAUUCCGAUACUCCUGAAAAAGAACAAGCAGUUUGCAAACUUAUCGACAGCAAAGAGUAUGAGAACUGUUCACGAGUAAAUCUAAAAUGGGCAACACUGUACAUUCAAAUGACAUUCUGCAAACAAACUCUAAAGCAAUGGCUUGACGAUCGCAAUAAUCUCAUGUCUACAUCACGUAAGAGUUCUACGGAUUUGUCUACUAGUGAUGACUCUGGGAUGGACAUGACACCGGAUGCUAAAUAUCCUGUAACUUGGACACACAUUGAUGUUCUGGUAGACAUGUUCACACAGUUGGUGAAAGGGUUAAAUUACAUUCACUCUAAAGGUAUAAUCCACCAUGAUGUGAAGCCUUCGAACGUGUUUGUGGCACAGAGCGAGACGGGAGUGCUGGUGCAGUUGGGAGACUUCGGGCUGGCGUGUCCACUGCAGCAGUCGCACAGUGGAUUAGCGCUGGGUACACAUUUGUAUGCAGCUCCUGAGCAGUUGGAGGGACAAUGCAAUCCUAAGAGUGACAUGUACAGCCUGGGAAUCAUCCUCCUAGAGCUGAUAGAGCCCUUUAGCACCGACAUGGAACGAGUGAAGACCAUCACAGACCUCCGCAAAGGCCAGAUCCCCGCACACCUCACUGCCAACUACCCUAAAAUAGCCCACGUCAUCGGGAAACUCGUCCAGCGGCGCCCGUCGAAACGACUUGACACUAGACAACUUUUAGAAGAACUUAAGAACCUCUCGGAGAAUAAGGAUGAAACUAUAAAGUCAUUGAGAGAGGAACUGGCAGCGAAGGAUGAUGAAAUAGCACAGUUGAAAAUGAUGCUGGCAAAAUUUAGUCACAAAUCUUGAAUCCUUACCACAUCCAUGGAAACACCAAUAAGUGUACUUAUGUGUGUGUGUGUGCGUGUGUUAUAUGUAAUGCUAUAUGAUCGGAGUGGGUAUGUAGAUUUUUGACUGUAAUAUUCUUAAGGCUGUUUUCUUGCUGCACUGAUGUUGACUUGAAAAGUAUGAUUGAGGUUUUAAAAGUAUGCAAUUUUUCUGCUAUCAAGCACCGUUUAAUGCAUCAUUUUCAUUCAUCAGCAGUAUUUUUCCUACCAAUUUGUAAUAAAACCAUAGAUCUGGAUUUGUAGUAUACCUAGCUACAAUACCAACAUCAAGUGUAUCAAGGAAACUUACUUUGAUCUGAAUUUUGGGCCAAAUGCGCGUGUUGAUCUUUAAAUAUUGAUAUGAAUUAGUCUAAUUUUGAGAAAACCACGCGCUCGGAACUCAUAUAUACAUAAUAUGAACUAUUAUAGGGUACCUAUUCUAGUUACUACACUUGAUUGCUAUAUAGAUACCUCAGAGAGUGUAGGUACUAUAGUGAUAGAUGACCUUUCAAUACAAUUUAUGCCUUAAAAAGACUCAAAUCCAAAAACUCACAAAAUUGUAUGAUCAUGACAUCUAUCAUUUUACCCAAGCAGUUAGUAAAACUAUUGUUUUAAUGCAAUUGUUAUAGGUACUUAUAAUAUUUAUGGUAGAUCCUAAUUUGCUUCCCACCCCCUUAUUAAUAAAAUAAGGGGGUUACUGUUUAAUCUAGGUAAGUAGGUAUAAGGCGGUGGUCACACUGAUUUCACAUUACGAGCUCCUCUGGUGUGCGAGCGAUACAUCGCUAUAUAUGUUUAUAUCGCGGUUUCAAUUAUACAUUAAAACUGCGCACUUUCAGAUCCGUGUGAUAACCGUGUAAAUUAUCUUACAUCUAAAAUUUAAUCUCCUUACUCCGAUCAGAUUUUUUUUGGACAUGCUUUCUGCCAACUAAUAAAACAACAAAAUUUUAA